UCUUACGUUGCCGCUCGGUGAGGGAACCAGUCGAUGGUCGGGAGCCGGUGAGGCAGGAGCCGUCGUAGGCCAUGGAGGCUGACGCGGGCGGGUCGGACGCCUUCGAUACCAUUGUCAUGGCGGAGACGAGAUUUCAUGGUGAAGGCUAUCAAGAAGGAUAUGCUGAAGGAACACGUGCUGGACUCCUUGAAGGAAGGCAAUAUGGCAUACAACAAGGUGCAAAGAUUGGCUUAGAAAUUGGAUCUUACCUUGGUUUUGCAAUGACAUGGCAGAAAUUGCUUCAUAAAGGCUCUGAUGAGAAAAACAGUAAAAAGAUAAAAGCUCUAGAGUCAUUAAUAGAGAUGAUUCGGACAUUUCCUUGUGAGGAUCCAGCCUAUGACAAACUUCAGGAAGACCUGGAGAAAAUCAGAGGACGAUUUAAACAGGUUCGUUCAUUGCUGCAUAUUCCUUCUAGUGUUAAACUUGGUGCUGAAGGAUCUGCACUUACAUUCUGAAAAGGACCACAGAUGGAGAAAAGAACUCCCAGCAGGCUACUAAAGAAGUGGUGAAAUCUUGAGUAGAGAAAAUGAGGCUAGAAAGUUUUUUUAGGGUUUUGUUUUUUUUACUCAUUGAGAGAAAGACUAACUCUUCACGGGAAUAGAACCAAUAAAUAAGUUUGUAUGUUGAUUGAAUUGCAGUGCCAGUUCAGUUUGCAGAGUCCUCCUUAAAGCAGGCAGUAUGUGGAGUAGACUCCAUGGUGAUCUGUAGUAGCUAUAGUACUGGUUUUGGAAAUUAGUACAGUAUUGGAAAUUGGACUACAACACAGUGGCUUGUUAAUAUACGGGUGUCAUUUGUAUUGAGUAGGUAACUUGGAAGUGACUUCAGAUACUUUGAUCUGGCUCUUGUAAACACUUUCAAAAUUUCAUUUGUAAACCUGACAUUCUGCUGGCAAUCUGUGUAAAGAUAUAUCGCACUAUAUUAGUGCAAGAAAUGCAGCAACCUAAUCUGUAAAACAGAUUUUAUAUGUAUAUGUAGUUGUGUGUGUGUGUCCUAUUCUGUGCAGUCUCAGCUGAUAUUACUAUAGUGAUAUAGUUCACAGAUGAAAGCAUACUUUUUAAUAGAUAUCUGACCUGCUGGCCCUCAAAAGAAUGUUUCAUUCCAAAACACCACUUUUCCUUUGAAAUAUCUCACAAACUAAGAUAAGAAAUACCUUCAGUACUGAGAUGUGGAAAUGGCUUAGCCUGGCUGUAAUACAUUUUCUAGAAAAUAUAAUUAGACUCUCAUCAAAAUAAGGAAACAGAAGCGGGAACCUUUGCAGAACAUUCCAAGUGCCUUUGUGGGCCAGCACACACACACACACACGCCCCUGCCCUGACUGCAGUUAUUUAAGCUUUUUAAAGGAUCCAUUUGGGAAAGGAACAAAGUGGCCCAGUGUACCCCUUUUCCUCCUACCUGUACCCAUAACUGAUUGCAGUUAAGGAUAAGUAAAGUAAGUAUCAGUUUAACUCUCAGCUCUGGCUAGGAAAAUCUAUUUCUUCCCUCUGUUCUUUGUUGCCACAUUACUAGACAACACGAGACCAGCAUACAUGCUCAGUUAAAGGAAGUUGGAUGCUUUGCUUUCAAAAGCCAGAGCUCCUGCAGUUUGGGGAGUUCCCACUGACAGUGUUAACUCUUUCUGCCCUACCCAUUUUUAAUCUCAGCUACUCUGCACUUGGAAUAUUCACUUUUUAAAUGGAGGGAGUGAUAUUCCUAAUGCCUGUGAACAUCUUUAUGUAAUAACUAAUUCAGUUUAGGUGUGAUUUCCCCCCCCACACCAAAAAAAAAACACACACACACAAAAAUGCAUGUUAGCUGGGGACAGGGCAAAGAAGAAGCUGACCAUAGCUCUGGUUUGUAUACAUGUGCUGCACCCAUGCAAGGAGAAGGGUUUCCUUUCUGUUUAAGAUACCAAAUAGAUCUCCGUAAGCAACCCGCUGGUUUAGGGCCACCUAGUGGGAAAAGUAAAUAUAUCAUCUAUAUAUAUAUAUAAAUGUAAACUGGGCAUGUGGUUUAUUAUCCACUUUUCUCCGAAACCUCAAAUUUGAACACAACGUCCAAAGCAAAUGCUCUUAUAAGGUUUUCAAAGACAGAUGCCACACCUCUGCCCAGUGAAACCCAAAAAACCCCUGUUCCAGAACGCACCACUCAGCCGAAAGUGCAUGCUGGGAAAAGAACCAGGUUGCAAACCAGCGCCCUCUAGCUAUGCUGGUACUACACCUAUAGAACCUUCACUCUCAACAGCACCUCAGCUGCCAUUUACAUACUAGGACGAAGCCUUUACAGACUAGGCCGAAUGGAGGUACUGACUUGCCUGGGCGGGUGUUGUGGGGAGGAGGGGACGCGAUAGGUCAGGACUGUUAGGUUUUUCCUUUAAGACUGAUGUGGUCAAUGGUGCUACACAGAGAUGUGUGUUUGUAACCUUGUUCUGAAUGUUUAACACACCUGUGAGCUUUUGCUAAUUUGAAUAAUUGAAGGUAGAGUUUGCUUACUGUAAUGUGAUUGGGUAAGUGACUAUUUUGAAUUCUGUAUUUAAGCUACCCAAAUGGUUCAUGGGUGUGGUGGUGGUGAUGUAUUGUGAAAUGAGAGGAAAGGAGUAGAGGAGUGUGGUGUAUAUAAUUGUAAAUAAAAGCAAGCAAAGAUACUGAAGACGACUUUGUUAUUUCGUCGACCCUGCCGCUGUUGCCACUCAGUUGGUGCGUAUUUUGCCCAACAUCCGGUUAUGGGCCCAGAAACUGCGCAUGGGUGUUUGAACUGCUUGCUAAGAGGUCUGUGAAGCUGAGCUAUCUGCCGGUCGAAAAGGAGCUGGAAGUAUAUCCAGGAUGGAUGACGGCGAAAAGAUGGCGCUUACCUUUCCUCAACUAACUGAUGGUAAUUAUAGUCUUUGGUCCUUUAGAAUGAGAGGUUUACUCGAAUGUAAGGACCUGUUUAACUACGCCACAGACACCCCUCCUCAGCCACUUACCCCUGAAUGGAUACGGGGGGAUAACAAAGCCAAAGCCUUUAUAAACUUAGCAGUGUCCGACCAGCAAGUUGUAUAUAUCAGAGAUAAAACGUCGGCUAAAGAAAUGUGGGAGAGUUUG